CAACUGUCUGCAAGGAUCCACCCAGGCCGCGUCAACCACUGCGACUGCGAUUGGCCGACGCCGGGCUCCCAACGCGCGCACGCACCGCCGCUAUGGCCUCUACCACUGAGGACCGAGGGGGAGCCAUCUGCAAGGCGAACGAACCUCCCCGAAGCAGCGCGGCCUCCACGGGCUCCCUCCGGUUCUCGAAUCUAGGAAGGGCUUGGGAACGACUUCUAGAGUUACACACACGCUAUGUGGCAUAGGCCCGGAGAGGUGUGACCCCUUCUCCCCUAAACACGGUUGUCUAGUCCCCUGGGCAGCGCCGCCGUCGCCAUGGUAACCGCGUGGGGGCAGCUACUGGGCUGGCUCCGGCUGCAUUGUUGUGGGAGACGAGUGUGUAGUGACCUGGACUCACAGUAGCAAAAUGGCCCAGUCUCCGGCUGCCCACGCCCGGACCACAAAGCAAAGCGCGCCCCUUCCCUGUGGUUUGGGGACGCCGAUGCUGGCGGCCAUCCGGAGCUUGGUCGGGUCACCGGAGGGAUCCGUGGUGGAGCCGGCCCUGAAGCUUUGGUAUUCUACCGAAGCUUUCAGGAGACUGACUGGCUAAAGGACAAGGUUGAAUCAGGAAAAGAGAGGAAACCUUUUGUCUGCUGGUUUCCAAGAACUUGGACAAUGGAGUCUGCCAAGAGGUUGGACGUCAUCAACAUCACCGCCUUGCCGAUAGUAGUACUGGCCGAGCAGCCGGUGGUGUCGCGGAGAGGGCCGGAGAACACUUUGCAGAAGCAGUUGACGAAACACCUACCCACAUGCAUCAUUGGCUCCAUGAGCCAGGUGAACCGGAAGAUCACCGAAAUAGACUUGGGCCUGUUGGACAGCACGUUGGCAAUUGAGACAUAUGAGUCGGAGAAGACGUCCUUAAAAGAGAAAACCCGCGGCAGCCCCGGAGACAGAGCCAAGAAACUGAAGGAAGAGCCACCUAUUUCCUGCAAAGGCUCAGAGCUCCGGAAAGCCAGAGUGGCCCUGGCCAAAAGGAAAACAGCAGAUAAGAAUCUGCUGGCAGAGCUACACCAACACCCCCCGUUUGAUGAAACUAAGCCUAACAGACUUCCCAAUGGCAUAGAGUUCUGCGACAUGGUGGGCAAUGUGAUCCGGUCUGAGAAAAACACCCUCAGUGGCAAGUCUUUCUGUUCAGACAGAGAACUGGAGAAGUUUCUGACUGCUCCUUUUCCCAGCGCCAUAUGGCUGGAUAGCUUUUGGUGGAUAUUUCAUGACAGGUACCAGCCGAACAAGGAGAUCCAGAACAAGCUGUUCGACCGAAUAGCCCAAAAUUACGCCCGCCUAUUGUUCACAAGGGUCUGGUCCCACUAUGAAGAGGCACUCAUAAAAAGGCUUCCUUCACUUCUGAGCAAAGGCCUGUACACCAGCUUCUGCUGCUGCUUCCCCCAGUCCUGGUUCAACACCCAUGAAUUCAAGUCGGAAAUCUGUAACACCAUGGACCUGUGGAUUUCAGGGACAUAUCCUUGCCCACAGAGCUAUAACAAUUGGGACUACUCAGAGCUGGAUCCUGAGAGGUUCCGGAGAGAAGAAAUGAUGUUACAGAGCAGUCGUCUCAUAAGGGGAAAAUAUUUCUCCCUCUUCACUUGUAAGAAGGCCUCCAUCCAGAAGGCGGAACAAAAGAGCAAGAGACUCCGGAACCUUCCGCCUCUUGGUUUACGUGCAACCCUUGAGAGAGGCGUUUUGGCGAAGCAGACCCCAGAGGAGAGGUCACGGUGCCACCAUGCCAUGAAAGAUUACUUCAUGCCAACCCUGUUCUCCAGAAGAGCCACGCAUCGAGUCAAGAGGAUAUCAGAAGUCAGAGCGUGCUACAGUACAUUUCUGAAAACGUCCCACCCUGCCUGCAAAAGCCCCUCGUUGACAGCGAACCAGUUCAACCUUUACGGGAAGAGCCCGCUAAUCGUGUACUUCUUCCUCAACUACUCCAAGUUGCAGCAGCACGGCCAGGACGUGCUGAUCAGCAGGAGAGAAAGGACCAAACUCAUCCCUGACUCUGCCGUGACCUAUGCUGACAUCAUCCAGCUGGUCACGAAGAACAUAGAGAAGCGGAAGCGGAAGCUCAGGCAGCUGGGCCAGCUGCACGAGGACGAGUGGACCUAUUUUAACAAAUACCUGAUGGAUCUGAAAGAGAACUUUGAUCGGAAGAUAAAAAUUAUCAAUAAAAGAGCAGAGGAAAGAAGAAAGGACAACCAGGCAUUUCUCUCCUCCUCGUUGCUGUUUGAUGACUUGUGUGACAAGAAAUCCAAAGGAAACCCCAGCAAGGAAACUGCAUUUCUUUCCAGGAAGGAGAAGAAGCAGAUAGAAGAGAAACGGAAGUUUCUUUCCCCUGUCUCAUUUCAAAGCCCCGCGGAGAACUAUUCCCUGGGCCUUAAAAGCCCCUACAGCAUCGGCUCUGUUUCCAGUAUCAGCGAGCACAACUCCAGUAAGUCCAAAUCCCCACAGGAGAUGCUCUUCAGACUCUCACCUUCCUCCAUGGAAUGAACUCGCCCAAGAGCAGGCAUAGCCUGCAAUGCUGAUGGCUGCGUGUGUUGUCAUCGGAUGUGAUGGAAAAGAGAAUCAGCAAC